AGUCGCAGCUGGCCACAACCUGAGGCAGAGCAGCCAGACAGAUUGAUGGCGUCCCGUCGCGGGCCCCUGCCCCCAGCGCAGCCCCUUGCGACCACGUGUUCGCCAUGCGCUUGCCCUUUGUAACAUCCCCUUGUAGUAUAAAAGGAGGAACCGGUGCUGGUAGAAACCUGAGGCUUGGAGGAAGGAGGAGAACAAAGCUAUAUCGGAGUCGAAGGAAGGGGGAGUCUCAGCUCCCCAUGUACGUUGUUCAUCCAUCAAGAAGAUGAGACGAGCAGGAAGUAGGGGUUUCGCAUCUUGCGCCCUGAACCUGGGUAAAAAUAUCGUGUUUGUGUGUUGUGCUUGAUCAUGUUUGCAGCGCCCAACGCCCACUUGCCAAACAAAAAGGGGGUGCAAACUCUCGGGGUGUCCUCCGUCCCACGGACGCGACACCAGGUUUUGGGGUGGCUUCUCUUUUAUAUCUUGUCAUGUGGCACAGGUAGAUUUUGCACAUUUUGGUGUUCCAUAAGUUGAGGUGACCAAGUGGGGCCUGGGGGCACUCAUGCUGAUGGAUCUUAGCUGAGAUGUUCACAGGGUCAUCAAUAACGUGAACAAAGAAACAAGGGAAUUUUUCAGCGUGUGCUAUGAGAUAAGGAUCUCUGUGAAGUUCUUGGCUGCUGACAGGGAGAUCAUUCCGCGCUUGGAAGCUUGUAAGAACGCAGCCUCCAUAUUCCUGCAAGAAUCAGUCACGCCAUGGAGGUUGCCAUGGUCUGCACAAGAGUUAACCUCCUCCUUCUCAUCCUCUCUCUGUGCUCACCAUACAAGUUCAUACAAAGUCCCAUGGACUUUGGCCCCCUGAACCUGCUCCCCACCACCACCGAAGCAUCCAGCGAUUUUGGUAGGAUCCUCUUCCACUCCCCAUCCGCAGUGUUGAAGCCCCAGUCCCCGAGGGACAUCUCUCUGCUUCUCAGCUUCCUGUCCGCCUCAUCUCUAAGCAAGGUGACAGUGGCGGCCAGGGGUGCAGGUCACUCCAUUCAUGGCCAGGCACAGGCCCUUGAUGGCAUUGUGGUGGACAUGUGCUCUUUGCCUUCUCAGAUAGAGUUCUACAGAGGAGGAGAAGGAGAUAUUUCUUAUGCUGACGUGAGUGGUGGAGCUAUGUGGAUAGAGCUCCUGGAGCAGAGCUUGAAGCUGGGGCUGGCUCCGAGGUCUUGGACUGAUUACCUCUAUAUCACCAUUGGCGGAACUCUGUCCAAUGCUGGAAUCAGUGGGCAGACAUUCAAGCAUGGGCCUCAGAUUAGCAAUGUUCUACAGCUGGAGGUAGUCACAGCAGGCAGGGGAGAGACUGUGACAUGCUCGCCCACCAAGGAUGCCGAGCUAUUCAAUGCUGUUCUGGGAGGCCUUGGUCAGUUUGGCAUCAUAACUAGGGCAAGGAUCCUGCUGCAGGAAGCUCCACUGAAAGUGAAGUGGGCGAGAGCCUUCUAUGAUGAUUUCGGCACCUUCACCAAAGAUCAGGAGUUGCUGGUGUCAAUGCCAGAUUUAGUGGACUAUGUUGAAGGUUUCAUUGUCUUGAACAAACAAUCCCUUCACGGCACAUCCAUUGCCUUCCCUGCGAAUAUGGGCUUCAACCCAGAUUUCGGAACCAAGAGCAGUCCUAAGAUCUACUACUGCAUAGAGUUCGCGGUUCAUGAUUACCAGCACAAGAACACCAAUGUGGACCAGGUCGUGGAAGCUAUCUCAAUGCAGAUGAGCCACAUGGGAUCACACUUGUAUAGUGUGGAGGUGUCCUACUUCGAUUUCCUCAACAGGGUCAGGAUGGAAGAGAUGAGCCUAAGGAGCAGUGGGCUCUGGGAGGUGCACCACCCAUGGCUCAACAUGUUUGUGCCCAAGGCUGGGAUCAGUGACCUGAGGGACCUUCUCAUGGACAACAUCUCACCGGAUAACUUCGAGGGACUCAUCCUCAUCUACCCACUCCUCAGAGACAAGUGGGGCACCAACACCUCCGCCGUGCUACCGGAUUCUGGGUCCACAGACCAGAUGAUGUAUGUGGUCGGUAUUCUCCGAUCUGCUAACCCUGAGGAAGGAUGCUCGCAUGACUGCCUCCAGGAGCUUCUCCACCGUCACCGCCACAUAGCUGACACUGCUGGAGUGCGUCUUGGAGCAAAACAGUAUUUGGCUCAUCAUCCAACUCCGGCUGGCUGGCAUCAGCACUUUGGCCCACGGUGGGAGCGGUUCGCAGACCGCAAAGUCCGGUUCGACCCUCUAUCCAUCCUCGGGCCAGGCCAAGGUAUAUUCGCCAAGGGAAAUAAAAAUGUAGUGUAUGCAAGCUGACGACAUAAACUGCCACGGUGAUCAGUGCUAAAAUAAGUGAUAUAGAUAGGUGACUAAGGUGUCUUUCUUUCUUAGCUCUUUUGCGUUGUUUCCUCAGCAUUUUGAGGCAUCGGUUGUAUUAUUAUGGCGGUGGAUCUUGGGAGAACCCAGUGGUGGGCGUACCACUUGGAAUUUUGAAACUCUGUACAGGCUGAGGAAGCACGGCUCUAGGGAUAGAGAUAGUGAUUCUAUUAGAUCUGUAUCCCGUGUUUGAUGUUGCCAUUAACAUUAUGUUACUAUUGUCGUCA